AUGGUCCACGCAGGGCCGGCCGCUCGCGCGCCCUCCCGCGCUAUGUUCGCCGCCGCUGAGACGAAGCCGCGUCGCGCCGUCUCGCCGCUCGGUAUACCGAAGUCGCCUUCGUUUCACUCGGGCCUGGACCUGGUCGCCAACCAGGGUGCCAAGCGUUCCGAGAGCGUGUCUGACGUCGCACGUGCGUUCCGCUUCGCUCUGUUCGGUAUGGAGGGCCAGCCGCAGAAGGCGCCCUCGCCGCCCGACGCGCGGUCACCGCCGCCCCCCGUCGUCGCAGCCGUUACUGUCGCAGUGUCACCGGAGCGCCCUCCGAUACUUAAUGCUGACAAAGAGAGUUUAAUGGUACAACUGCCGCUGCUCAAAGAUGCACCGGCGGGUGAGAGAGAACAGUUGUUCGUUCAGAAGCUGCGUCAAUGCUGCCUGUUGUUCGACUUCGCUGACGAGCCUCUGUCGGACCUCAAGUGGAAGGAGGUGAAGAGGGCCGCGCUGCUCGAGAUGGUGGAGUACGUCACCUCGCAGCGCGGCGUCAUCACAGAGGCUAUAUACCCUGAAGCUGUUAAUAUGUUCGCGAUCAAUCUGUUCCGUACCCUGCCGCCUUCUUCGAAUCCGAAUGGAGCGGAGUUCGACCCUGAAGAGGACGAGCCCACGCUGGAGGCGGCCUGGCCACACUUACAGCUGGUCUACGAGCUGUUCCUCAGGCUGUUGGAGUCACCGGACUUCCAGCCGAACAUCGCCAAGAAAUACAUGGACCAGAAGUUCGUUUUACAGUUACUAGAACUAUUUGACACAGAAGAUCCGAGGGAGCGGGAUUUCCUCAAAACAACACUACAUAGAAUAUACGGAAAAUUUUUAGUACUACGAGCGUAUAUUAGAAAACAAAUUAACAAUGUGUUUUACAGGUUUAUAUACGAAACGGAGCACCACAACGGUAUAGCUGAGCUGUUAGAAAUCCUCGGCAGCAUCAUCAAUGGGUUCGCUCUGCCGCUGAAGGAAGAGCACAAGCUGUUCCUACUUAGAGUGCUACUUCCUCUACACAAGGUGAAGUCUCUGUCAGUGUAUCACCCACAGCUGGCUUACUGUGUGGUUCAGUUCCUAGAGAAGGAUCCCUCGCUCACACAACCCGUCGUCAGGGCGUUGUUGAAGUACUGGCCAAAGACUCACUCCCCCAAAGAAGUGAUGUUCCUCAAUGAAAUGGAGGAGAUAUUGGAUGUGAUAGAACCAGCUGAGUUCCAGAAGGUCAUGGACCCACUGUUCAGACAACUGGCCAAGUGUGUCUCCAGCCCACACUUCCAGGUGGCGGAACGAGCUCUUUACUACUGGAACAACGAGUACAUAAUGUCCCUGAUAUCUGACAACACGAGUCACAUCCUGCCGAUAAUGUUCCCGUCUCUGUACCGCAACACAAAGAGCCACUGGAACAAGACAAUCCACGGGCUGGUGUAUAACGCGCUCAAACUGUUCAUGGAGAUGAACCAAAAGCUGUUCGACGAGUGCACGCAGCAGUAUAAACAGGAAAAACAAAAGGAGCGAGAACGUCUCCAGCAGCGUGAGGAGCUGUGGCAGAAGCUGGAGGCGCGCGCUGCGACGAGAGCGGCACAACUGAAUGACACAGAACCUCGAAAGCAGAAUUACAACGCCAGCAAGCCCCUACUAAGGAAGAAGUCCGAGUUACCGGCGGACGUGACGACAGCCCGAGCGCUCGCCGACCACACGAGACCCGCCGCCUUCCUCACCACGCCGCCUGACGCUGACGGCUGCUAG